AGGAAAGCUAGACGUUGUGCGGAACCUACGUUGACUUGUGUGGUUGCUCUGCUGAUAAUCGGUAGCUAAUUCGACAUCAACAAACCAUCAACAACUAUCAUAAUCAUCAUCAACAAUCAUCACUAUGGUCCUCAUUACAGAUUCACUCAAGGAAUGCCUUGGAUAUCUUCGUAUCCGGCGAGAGGCCUGGAACCGGAAGGAUGAGUCUCGGAAGAAGGAAGGAAAGGAUGAACACUUGGAACACUUGGAACACUUGGCACUUCCACCGUAUGAGAUGGCCAUGAAGCACUCUCCCAUGGGUGAACGAGGGACACAUGACGACGAUAACGUACCGCUUGGGGUACUGCUUUCAACCAUCAGGCAAAGGAGCUUCACCGUGUCGUUGCUUUCCCCCAAUCCCAGUCUGAUCGUGACUGGCCUCGCGCCUGGUGAUGGCCCGCGCUUUGCAGAAGACGUCGUCGCAAGAUUCCCUCGUGACAUGAAGGUGCGUUACCGGUUGUAUUCAGAGUCCGGGGCACAGAAGGAAGCUCAUGACUUCCUCUUCGUUUUUGAUCAAGCUGAUGAAGACUUGACGUCCAUGUAUAAAGCCUAUGCCGCGGUGCUCAGGUUUCCAUCCGCAUCUUGUUUCUCUAUGUUAGUUCGUUGGACCGCUAAACGACAUCCCGGAUCGUGUCUGGUGGUUGACAUCCGGGACAAUUACGUCCCUCUUCAAGAUAGGGUGUUAUACUAUGUGAUACGGAAGUGAUGGCGCCCCUACUAUUGAUUCAGUGCAUCGAGUCCAUCGAGUUCAGCGAAUUUCAUGGAGUUCAUUA